AUGGGCACCAUACAUGAUGUAUUAACAACCUAUAAUCUCACAUCGUGUAUUCCCCUUUAUAAAGGGGCAGCACAACCAUUACUACGUACCAAGGAGACUUUUCAAAUUUGGCAAGACUUAUUCGGCUCCUUAGUUUGGCAAGGCGCAUUUACACAAGGAUACGAAGAUAUUUAUUCUUGGUCAAAUUUCACUUAUGACGAGUCGAAAAUGGCUGCUGUGGCAUUGAUAGAUGCCGUGAAGGCAAACAAGGAUACAGAUCCAAUUUACAUAUACGCAGCAGGAAUGAUGACUACUAUAGCACAAGCACUCUCCCUAUAUCCCAGUUUAGUUAAUGAAACUAGUGGAUUAUAUGUCAUGGGGGGUUAUUUCGACACCCAGUAUGCAGCAGCCACUGGCACGCCUAUUGUCAACGAUAUAAACACAGAUAUCAACUUGAUACAAGAUCCAGAAGCUGCACAAAUUGUGUUUACUUCAAAGUGGAAGAAAUUGGUGUUUGGAGCAAAUGUAACCAAUUAUUUGGUACCGAGUCAGCACUUGUACAAUAGAAUCUUGGAAAAAGCCGGCAAUAGAUCAGUUUCUGAGAUAUCCAAGAUCCCAUAUUUCAAGCAGUUGAGUAAUUUACUAGUUACUGGCAAUUAUUCACAAAAUACUGAACAAGAAACAUUACCAUUUUGGGAUGAUGUUGUAUCCGCCUUUUUGGCAUAUCCCGAUUUGAUUCAAAGUGAAACCAGUCUCAAUGUUGCUGUUGAUACUCAAUUCUAUUCCCCAUUCUAUGGUUCUUUGAGAAUAUGGGGCGAAGAAUAUGCUCCUCGUGGCGUGAGAACCGGUAAUGCCACAGUUGUCAACAAGAUCAAUGACUCUUUUUUCUAUGAUUUAUUGAUUGAUGUAUACUUUGAGGAUUUUACCCAAUAUUGUCAUAAUGGGGUAAUUUCUCCAUAUUACUUUUAG